GAGAUAGGAAGAAAAAGGAACGCUAUUUCCACAGCACAGCAACACGAUGCCUUCCGAGAAGACCUUUAAGCAAAGAAGGAGUUUAGAGCAAAGAGUGGAAGACGUGAGACUCAUUAGAGAACAGCAUCCAACAAAAAUUCCGGUCAUCAUUGAGAGAUACAAGGGGGAGAAGCAACUGCCAGUCCUUGAUAAAACUAAAUUCCUGGUCCCUGAUCAUGUCAACAUGAGUGAGCUUAUUAAAAUUAUCAGGCGCCGCCUACAGCUCAACUGCAAUCAGGCUUUCUUUCUGCUAGUGAAUGGCCGCAGCAUGGUGAGCGUAUCCACACCUAUAGCUGAGGUGUAUGAACGAGAGAAGGACGAAGAUGGUUUCCUGUACAUGGUAUAUGCCUCCCAGGAGACUUUUGGAGUAAAAUGUGCAUAGAUGGAAACCAACUCUUUGUUUUCUUUUUAAACAUAUGGUGGAAUAUAACAGAAGCUGCUGAAGCAGAUCUUUCCCAAAUACAUAUUCUAUAGAAACUGCACAUAACACCAUUUCAUUUUAAUAAGGCAAACAUUCAGUUCCUUGCUUUUCCUUCUAAAGUUCUUAGAAAUAAAAUAACAACAUUGGUUCUGUCAUGUGAUACUUACGCUUCACUUACACCGAGAAGUUACCUAUAUGCCUUUAAUGGCCAGUUACCAUUGUUCCCACGUAGCAAUUUAAAGGGUACAGUGGUAUUAUUAAGGAAAUAGCCGACUGCAAUUCAGUUAUGAUGAAUAUGGAAGUUCCCACUGAUCUUUCUCACACAUUCAUAACAAACUGGGAAGAUUUUGUUUUACAUCGCUUUGUUAUACGCAGCAGGAACUAAACCACAGCUUAUAGUGGGAGAGACAAUGUAAUGAAAGGGAUGAAAUGAAAGGCCCAUGGUUUGACACAAAGAUCUCCAUGAGGGCAUUGCUGGCUUAGAUCUGUUUAUAGUGUCCUUACACAGAUAUCCAUGAUCUGUAGAUAUCCUGUUUGAAUGCUAGGGAAUGGGAAAACAUAUGAUAUAUCUCCAUACAAUCUAGGUAUAUGAUGCUGCCAGUAUUGCUGGUGCCAAGUUAUUGAGUGAUUUCUUGGGAUAGUCAGCAGAUAUUUCUCUAGGGUCUAUAUGAAUGUGACUUGGGAAUGCUGUACCUUGUUAUAAUGUUUCCAAGCAGAUUCUUUUUCUGUCCUUUUAUUGGGGUACAUGGGGUACAUUUAAUAACAAGGCAUCCAGUUGUUUGCAGGAUUAUUUUGAAUACAGCUGCAAAUGUAUGUCCUGGCCAGGGGCAUAGCUACAAAAGUUUGUAACCAAACAGGUCCUUGGACCGAAGGGGCACUCCAUAUUAAAUACAUAUUAAAUGAUUCCAUCUUUUUACACAGAAGGACAGUAGUUUGAUUGGAGUAAUUUAUAACCCCACAUGCAGGAGAUAAGGAUUACAGGUGGAUAGAGGGUGCGGGAUUAGAAAAUGUUGGACCCUAAACCAAAGUUUACUCAGAGACCCAUCAGCUUUAGCUGUGCCCAGAGUCAAGGCUGAAGACUUACACAUGAUGUACAUUAAGGGGCCUAUUUAUCAAGUUGUGUAAAAUGAUUUACACCAAAAAUUGGUGUAGAAUACAGAAGCUAUUUAUCAGGCCGUGAUGUUCUCCUUAUUUGUGAUUUUAAGCCAUUCUAUCUGCAGGCAGAAUCCUUUACAGUUUAAAAGUGGUGCUAUAAGGUGCGUAUAUUGAUUUUUUCCACAAACUUUAUUUUUUAUGACGUCUGUUUAAGAAGUAAAGCUCAACAAAGAAUUGUACUAGAAAUGCCACACGUUAUGGCUUCUGUACCAGCCAACAUGGCCCUUUAGCAGUAAAGAUCUGUGCCUCCAAAGAUGCCCUAGUUGUUCCCCAUAUUCCUUUCUGCUGAUUCACUGCACAUUCUCUGUGCUGCUGUCAGUUAGGGACUGACGCAAAAUAUACUGUAUAUAUAAAAUAUAAGUCAUAAUACAAGGCUAGUAAUUUAUUCAGAUUCACAUUACAUGGAACCAGUGUAUUAGAAUUGACCUCACUGUGAGGGGCAAAUUCACUAAGCAGCAAAAAUGCGCUAGCGACGCCUUUGCCGCACUUCUCCAGGGCGCCGCUAAUUCACUAAAAUCUGAAGUUGCGCUCAGGGAGGCGAACGGUAGCGAAUUUGCGCUAGCGUUAAUUCGUCAAGCAAAGCGAAGUUACGCUAGCGAUGCCUAAUUUGCAUACGGCGCCAAGUUAAAGCUGAAUGGACGUAUAUGUAGCAGCAAAUACAUUACACUACACAAGCCUGGGAAACCUUCAUAAAAUAAUAUAGAGGUGUUAUUUUGCCCUACACAUGUGCCCACUGUAUAGUUUAGGUGCCAUAUGUUGGGGGGAAGGAAGGUAGCCCCCAAAAAAAUGUACGAUCUUUUUCAGCCUAUCACCCUUAAAAAAGGGAAAGACGCCAGAAAAAAUUUCAACUUUUUUUUUCGCCUGGUCUCAGUUGGCGAAGGCAAGUCUGGCGCAAGAGUUAACGUUCAUGAAAAUCCGCAAGUUAGUGAAUUAGCGUAGUUAGGUCCCUUCGCCAUAACGCAACUUUGUCUGGCAUAAGGUUGCGUAGUAGCGCUAGAGUAGGUCCACUUCGCUAGCGAAUUUACGCCAGCGCCCGUUAGUAAAUCGGUGAAGUAACGAAUUGACGUCACGCUGGUGAAUUUGCGCCGGCGUUAAGUCACUUCGCCCUUCAGUGAAUCUGCCCCUGACUAUGUUGAUCUUUGCUCCCUGAAUUUAGCAGGCCAGGGCACACUGAGCAUGUGCAUGAUCCAAGAUGGCGGGUUCCUGUGCAUAACAAAAGUUUGAAUUAUUACAAUUAUAGAGCUGCUGAACCUUUGGGCUGUUAUAGUAAGUUCAGUAUACAAAAUGCAUAAUUUCUAGUCAUUUUCUUAUGUAGGCUUUAGUUCUGUUAAAGUCAAAGGGAUACGAUUCAGCAGAAGGAAAAAAAUUUUUUUUUAAAUUUGGUGCAAAUUAUCCUUUACUCCAGAAUUUUGACCCCACUUCACAUUCGUUACACGGCAAAAUAAAUAUACAAGAUUGCACAGUGUAUCAUGGUGUUAAAGGUGGUUGUUUAUAUACAGCUUAAUAAAUAGGCCCCUAAGAGCAAAUGACUCCUUAUGCUGAAGUGCUUUGUUAUCUUUAUGGCAAAAUAUUUUUUUUUAAUUAAGAUGGAAUUUUAAUUUAAUUUAGGAACAGUUAUUUAGAAAUAUACGUUCACAAGCAAUAUAUCACAGCACCAGAGCAUUUAAUUUGCUUCUAUGUUCGUUUUUGCAUGUAUUUUAUGCCUGUUUUUGUUUUGCGUUUUAUCUUUGUAAACUCUAUAUGACUGACCCGCUUAAACUCUUGUUGAAUAACUAAAAUGUCUGUAAUCUAUUAUGGGUUUUAUGUUCUUCUAUUCCUGUAUGAAUAAAGGUGUUUUAUACAUAA